UCCGCCUUGAAAACCAUCCCCAUCACAUGGCCGUUUGCCGUAUGGGGCUUGGAUAUGGUGGGCCCGUUCAGAACAGCACGAGGCGGCAUGACUCAUCUCUUGGUGAUGAUUGACAAAUUCACUAAGUGGAUCGAAGCCAAGCCAAUAAAGAAGCUGGAUGGCUCCGCAGCCGUCACAUUCCUCAAGGAAAUAAUCGUAAGAUAUGGCUACCCCCACAGCAUCAUCACCGACAACGGCAGCAACUUCGCCGAAGGCAUUUUCAAACGCUACUGUGGGGAGAUGGGGAUCCGAAUGGACCUAUCGUCCGUGGCACACCCGGAGUCAAACGGCCAAGUGGAAAAAGCAAACGGCUUGAUCCUAGCCGGCAUCCGGCCCCGGCUGGUGGAACCGCUUGAGCGCUCGGCCGGUUGCUGGAUUGAGGAGCUGCCCAGCGUACUAUGGAGUCUGCGCACGACGCCAAACCGCUCAAUCGGCUUCACACCCUUCUUCCUCGUAUAUGGGGCCGAAGCCGUCCUACCAACUGACAUCGAGCACGACGCGCCAAGGAUCAAGCUAUACACAGAAGCUGAAGCCAAAGAAGCUCGCGAAGAUGGAGUCGACCUAGUUGAAGAGGUCCGGCUGAUGGCCGAAUCCAGGUCCGCCAUAUACCAGCAAAGCCUCCGACGCUAUCACAGCCGGAAGGUCCAGUCCUUAGCAUUCCGAGAAGGAGACCUAGUGCUCCGGCUGAUC